AUGCAGAACGAGCAUUUUCCUGCAGGUCGUCUGCAGGUCAAUCACCUUCAACACGGCAUCAGCUCACAGGCCUUUAAGGCCCAGAUGGCCAUCGGUUCGUGGUACAAGACCCCGUUCUUGGACGACAAAAUCGCUACUCGAAUCCUCAGCGAGAGCAUGAAAAGAGGCAAGAAGGGAAAAGGUAAAGCUCGACAGGAUGCUGGCAGUGAUCAUGAUCGAGAUAAUGUCGUAGAACUCGAUAGUGACUAA